UUUGUCUGUCUGCUCAGAGUCAGAGUGGAGUUUAGCAGCAGCUCAUGGUGGAACUAUGGCUAAUAAUGAAACACAUCCCCUUUUGGAGAUACUAAAAUCAUUUAACACUGGUGAUAUGAUUUUAGCCUUCUGUUUAUCUAUGCUGGUGGGCCUGCUGCUGGGUGCUCUGGUUUACGUUCUGUUGACCUGGGCAUCCAGACGCCAGGCAACCGCCAGGAUCACCAGGCGCUGCAAGAAGAGAUCCAGAACUUCAAACGCACCCAUGAGCAACCAGAUGGGCCUUUACAGAAGCACUUUUCUGAGCGUCUACAGACAGCCCUCUCUGGAGCCAGUGGGCCCUCUGGGGAGUAAGCCCGGCUUAGAGACCUCCACCUUUCGUCCACUGCCUAAGAGAAGCAGGGCUGGCCUGGACAUGGGAGAGGACACUCUGGUCGCCACGACUGAGGACACAGCAGCUUCGAACUCGUCAGAUUCAGCAUCCCUCGUGCCAAAACAAGAGACAAACAAGAGACACUCCUUCUGGUUGGGCAACAAUGGACUUAAAGGGUUCCUGCCCUCACAGACUCCCCCUCCUGCAUACGACAGUGUCAUCCAUGCCUUUGAAGAGACUUGCACUUGAAUCUGUCUGCGUAAAUACAACAAGAACUGAAAAAGGAGAACAUGCUGGGAUGACACAGGCUGUGCUCUGCUUUUUAUCAAACCAUUUCUGAGACUUUACAGUCUACAGCAGUGUGUCCUUAAUCGAACAAGAUACUUCCACAACCAUCAAGUCUCAGCUCAGUAUUGUAUUAUGAGAUAGAGAUCAGGGUGAAACUAACGACAACUGUCAUGAUCAAUUACAGAGGGAGACCAGGGUUGGUUUGCGCACUUUUCUCUCUCUGACGUAUUCCUCUGGCAUAAUUUAUUUUAGUAUAUUCUGGCCUGCAGCAAAAGAAAGGUUAAAGGUCCGGUGUGUGGGAUUUAGGUGUACAUACUGGCAGAAAUGGAAUUUAAUGUAAUAAAUAAUAAUAUAUUUCUUUAGUGUAUAAUCACUUGAAACAAACUAUUUUAACAUUAAUUUCAUGCAGUAUUUCUACCAGUUCAAAUCAGGUGGUCUGUUUGUUUCGGAGAGGAAGAGACAUCUGUGGAUAAUUCCGCUUCUGGUAAAAAACCCCUGAACAUCUGGAUCUUAAGUAAUCAGAGGAAAAAGGUGAGCACACUCUUUAAGGUGCUGGGCCAGCAGCAAAAUGUGCCAAACAGCAUACAGGAAAGGCUGAUUUGUAAUGUUGAACUGCUAUUCAGUGUUUUUGCUAGUUUUAAUUAUCGGGUCUGUUUGUUUUGGAGAGGAAGAGACCUCUGGGGAUAAUCUGUGGCUCCCUGUAAAAACAUCCUGCACAAUUAACACUGGAGGAACUCUAACCAGUAGAAGUUUUAGCUGGUUACAUACUGCAAUUCUCACCACUAGAUGCCACUAAAUCCCCCUUAAUUUUACAUGCUCUUCCUUUAAUGUACACAAAUGUUUUCUGUUUUCUUUUAAUCUUUCAGAAUAGUUUUAAUUUCUCAAAAUACAAUUACAGUUACAACUGUUAACUUUACAGAAAUCAGUGUGCCAACCAACCCUGCUCACACUGGACCAAACAUGAUGAGAUUAUGUUAAUCAACUUCAGUCACUCAUUAAGCUGAUUUCUAUGUCUAUAAACAAAAGUAAAAUUUUUCCAAUAUCUCUGUCUGACACCGUAAUAAACGGCUAUGUUUAUUCUACAGAUCAUUUUUUUCACCCUCAGAAGGUGACUACAAAAACUAAAAAAGAUGUCAUCCUCACCAAAAAAUGUCUUUCAAAUGCUUUCAUCUCAAAUGAGUGCAUGUGAAGAAAACAAACGGGUUUGUGUUAUAUUUUUGUUUCUGUGACCCUCAUAUUACAACAAAAUAGGUGUGUGCCAACCAACCCUGGUCUCCCCCAAAGUGCAUGUUAGUGUCUUAAUAAACUGAUUAGUUAAUUUCUCUGUGAUAUAUCACAGAAUAAGAAAAAAACGUCCAAGGUCAUGUCUUUAAAUGUCUUGUUUCGUCUAAAUUUGAAAAAUAUUUAAUAUACAGUAGAAACAAGUGACAAAUCCUAACACUGGAGCAAAUCUCACAAGCAAACAAUUAAUGAUUAAUCAAUGAAAUGACUUAUCAUAGCAGGUUUAAUAUAUUGUUUGUAACCACUAUAGAACAUCUCUUGAUCCACGAUGUACUGAAGAGAAUAGGAGAGUAGAUUUUGCUGUGUUGGUGUGAAGACAAGGAAACACUGUGUGCUGGAUAGUUAUAUUAUCUAAUAUCACAAUAAAGAUGUAAUAAAAUAUU